UACAGGGUUAUUUAUUCUCACAGAAUCCUGUGUAAAGUUUGCAUAUUUUAGGUCAUAUAAUGCACUAAGCCAUUUCUGUUGCUUUAAGAAUGGCAAGCUGUUACUGCGUCUCAUCCAUGCCUGUCUUCCACACCUCCCCCUUUCACAGUAGUGCCAGAAGUUUUUCUUUUUUAUCUUCCCACUCACCUUGGCUGGACAAGGAGGGUUCCACCUCCCCUGCAGCACAUCAGCCAAAGGCUGUCAGCUCCCAAAGACCUCCUGCCUCUCUCUACCCGCUGUAAACCACUGACCCCAGUGGCAGGUUUCCUCUUGCACUUCCAGGCCCUUGAACCAGUCAGUGCCAUUGAUGAAGACCUAGAACACAGCUCAGAAUUUGUCUAAUUAUUCCAGGUAGAGAUGUCUUUUACCAUGACAGCUGCACUGGACAGGCCUUGCAGUUGUACAGGGUAAUGAUGUUCUCCACCCUUUACAGAAAUACACCAGGGUAGUUUGUGUGUGUGUGUAUGUGCAACAUCCCCAUGCUCAGGAGCUUGUAGAACUACCACUUUUUUUGUAUCAAUAACCAGGACAUGGCUAUUGUUUGCAGGAGAAUGAAAUAAUUUGAAAACUAAAUGCUGAAUUAAAAGCUUAUAUUGGCUCAGUUACAGAAAAACGCAAAGCUUUGCAUCUGGCAGGCUAGGUUUCAAACAUGUCUUUGCCAACACCGUUCCCUUCACCUGCACAAAGGCCCCGGCACGGCAGCGCUCGCCUCCCCGCAGGGGCACGGCCCAGGCCCGUGGGCAGCUGAGGGGGGCACGGCCAGACAUUUCCUGAGCUGGGUCAUUAUGCUGAGUGGAGUCAAAACAGUACUAGAGAAAAAAAAACAGUGCAAUGCAUGAAGGAAAAAUCUAGACUUCAUCCCGCGUUGCUCAGGUGGGAGCUUUCCUUUUGUCGCAGCUUUUCCAGCCCCUGACCUGGUCCCGGGGUUUCACCUGUUACUGGCACCCGAGUUGUAAUAAAGCCUUGCCACAAAUUACAUCCCUUCCGGUUUAAAAGUGAUUUCUUGCAGACACAUUUUUUAAUAGCAGCAGGAAGCCUUGUUGGCAGCAUAUUUCAAUUAUGCUGUGAAGCUCAUCAAGGAAAGAGAAACUGCUUUGAACACAGGAAGCUAAACAGCUAAUCAUACAUUUGAGUGCCUAUUUCCACAGGGGAUGUGCAAGUACUUAAGUGUUCCUGAACUCCCAGCUCAUCAGCAAUCUGUUAAAUGGCAACGAAGUGCAGGCUUUAUUAGGAAGGGGAGGAUACACACCACCCGACGAUAGGCACCUGCUCUCUCUUUGCAGUCCCCAGAGGGAGAGGGGCAACUGAGACUGGGAGACUGAACCACCCUCUGGAAAAACCCUGGCUCUUUUCACUAGCUGUAGAGGAAGCCUAAAGAGACUAAAUGGCAAUUAAGUACCUAAAACAGCCUAGCUACUUCAUUUCACCACUGCCUGAUGCUGGCUGUGGACUUAGUAUACCUGAGGCUAAUUGCCAGGAUUGAUACAGCUGAACUACUUCUGUGAACUGUUACUGGAGGUAAUGAUGUGCCCACUAAAAAGCUCAAUUUCUUUAAUUUUUCUCCAUUUUUAGAGUCAGAUCUUUCUGUGGUAUCAAAAGCAGAUGUGUACAUACUGGAAUAAAGCUCACUUACUCUUUGGAAGCUACAGGGUAUGUAGUGCAUGAUGGAUAGUACUGCAUUGCCAGGUCUGAAUGGAUAACAGCUAUGUGGCACACUUUCUGCUGCCCAAAGGAGGGCGUCCCAGUGUCUCCAAUAGCUCCUCUCAGAAGUCUCAGUAGCUGGGGAAAGUGCAAACCCGCUCUGGAAGCCUCUAAAUUAGAUUGGAGAUUAUUUGAAGCACACUCAGUGCAAGUAAAUCCAUUUAAGUAAACCACAAGAGCUCAGACAACUGAAAUGUUACUGGGACAUUUGGGCUGUCCUGAACCUUUUUGUACAGCAUGGCGAAAAGAAUUUUCUCCAAUUUGAAUCACUAGAGGAUAAUUAUGGAAGUGAAGCUUAACUGGUGUAAAACUGGAGAGAGGCAAGGCUCAGACCCAGAACUUGUGACUUCCCAGGUAAAUCUUUUCGCAGGUUCAAAAUGUUCCCUGCCCCUGUAACCCACCCGUUUUCUCUGAGCACAUCUUGUCCGUCUCAAGCAUUCGGUAAACAUGGACUUCAGCGCUAAAAGGAAAGAAAAUUAUUUGCAUACUGUCACUGUGUUACUGGCAUACAGCUUCAGCUGACUAUUUAGCCAACGUGUUUGGCAGGCCUUCCCGGCUUUGCAGUGAAGAUUUGUAUUUUCAGCUUGCAGAAUAAUUACAGGGAGUUUGCAGAGGUCUGUUCGAGUUCUGCUGCAUUGCAGAACUGGGGUGAGAAAGUUCAUGGAUCCCACCUGACUCUGUGCAGUGUCUGUUAAGUGUCACACAUGCCCGAGCCUUUUUUUCACAUACUUGGUUUCAAGGUGACUUGCCAAAGUCACUUUGUCUUUCUCCUCCCUGUGUCUGCAUUCCUGCCUCUGGGGUUGCUCGCUAUCGGUGAUAGGACACCGGGUCAGGGCUCGGUUGUCUCAUGUUCUUUGUGGAUAAUGAGAGCGGGGUGCACACAUUCGGAGGCAGACAAGCAGCGCAGUUCUUUUCAAAUCAGCUUGAAAAUCUGCAGUUCCCACUUCCUACUGCUCUCAUGCUGGGAACCUGCCAGGAUCUCGAGAAGAAAAGAAGCACCGAGACAAUUCACCUUUUGUCCUGGGUUUGUUAGUUAAUCUCGGGACGCCUCUGUGAAUAAAUUCUAAUCAAAAGGAACUGGAAGCAGGGGCCGGACGAGGGGCCGGUGCUGUACGGGUGGCGUUGGCCACCCCGGGGAGGGGAGGGGAGGGCAGCCCCGUCCCGUCCCGUCCCGUCCCGCCGCAGGGUGCAGCCGCUGCUCGGGGGGCACCUGGGGCGCUCCUUAAAAAACUGCUUUCCCGUGACAGUCUCGUUUUGCAAAGUCCCUCCACACCGCUCUAAGCACGGCCCCGGGGCUCAGCGCCGUGUCCGGCGAGGGGCAGCAGCGGCGGCAGCAUCCCUCCUCCUUCUCUUCCUCCUCCUCCUCCCCCGCCGCCGCCUGAGAGCCGGGUGCGGUAGGCUCAGCAACCCCUUCCCUGCCUGCCUCCCUUCUUCCCUGUCUCCAUCCAGCAGCCCCUUCCCUGCUUCCCUCCCUGCUUCCCUCCCCGCCUCCCUCCGCCGGCGCCGCGGGUGGGAGGUGCCCGGCGCCGCUAGAAAAGGGCGGGCAGGGGGGGGCGGCUGGCUGCUGCCGCUGCCGCCGGGGCUGCUGCCGGUGUUGCUGUUGCUGCCGCCGCCGAGGCUGCCCGAGGCUGGUUGGCAGCGAGCGAGGGCUGCUGGAAAGAGCUGAGCGGCUUGUACUUGACAAGCAGGUGGAUUUGUACUUCAACCUUUUCCCCUUUGAGGAUCUCCUGCCCAGCUACAGCGAUGUGGUUCUUGGAAAAGAUCAGAGGAUCACAUGAAAAUGGAAACCUCCCUAGCUCCUCCUUCCUGGGACUGCCACCUGGCCCAAACCUGCCUGAAAAAGCCCGACUGGGGGCUGCUGCUUUCCCUAAUGUGCUCACCCCUGACAGGAUCCCGGAAUUCUGCAUCCCCCCCAGGCUGACCAGCUCUGGCCCUGUUAAGGGCACCGGCUCCCACCAGGACCACAGUUCAGAGAAUGCAGACCUUAAUUCUUCUCAGUACAGCCCCAGCUCUUCUUUGCCACAUCUCAUUCAGGUGGAAAGUGCUGAUGAGUUCCCAGUCCUGGAGGAAGAAAGCACCAACUCGGACCCACAGUCCCAGGCAGCGCUCUCCCUGCCUCACUUUCCCAGAGCCCCCACUUCUUACGGCUUCUGCACUCUGCUGGAGAGCCCCCACACCAGGAGGAAGGAGUCCAUCUUCCACAGUGACCCACCCGGUGCUCUGCCCGGCCUGAUGCUGUCUCGCUCCAGAGCUAACACAUUCAGUGGCAAAGGGAGUAUGUCCAAUCCCAUUGCUAUCAGCUUUGCUUCUGUGCGGCUGCCUCCCAAGCAUCUCUCUCUGCACCGGCAGGGCACCUGUGACAGCGAUACUGCCUCCUCCAGCGAUUCCUCCCCUUUCAGUUCUCCGCUGCUCAGCAGGUCACCUCCCAGAUCCUGCUCCCUGAACAAAACACAGAGUCAGGAGGGAUUGCUCUGCCGAGCGUUGAAAGCCAAGAUCAAAUCCAGCGUGGCCAGGAACAAUUCUCUCUCCACAGAGGAGAGCAGCUCCACUGACAACAGCCCCAGUGCCAUCAGGCGGGCCUCGGAGGGGCUGCUCGCCACGCGCAGCUUUAGCAUGUCCUGUUCUCCCAUCCUUCCCCUGGACCUGGCCCGCAGCAGGGACAGGCUGGUGGGAGAGAGCACGGUGGUGAUGGACAAGGGAGGCGUGUUGAGGCUAUCGGCCGAAUACUGCCUAGAGAAUGAAAGGCUGCGGGUCCGCCUGAUCAGUGCAGAGGGUUUAUACGAUGACUCUGUAGAGCCCAAAAACAUCAACUGCUGUAUCACCUUCUCCCUGGUGCCAGGGAAAACACAGAAGCAGAGAAGCACUGUUAUAAAGAGAAGCAGAAAUCCCAUCUUCAAUGAGGACUUCUUUUUCGAUGGCAUUGCAGAAGAAGAACUUUACAGCCUCUCUGUAAGGAUGAAAGCAAUGAAUAAAGGGUGCAGCAUGAAACGGGGUUACACCUUAGGAGAACGGGAGUUGUCUUUAAUGAGCAUGUUGUCAGUGUAAUGCUUUAAACAUUCAAACAGACUAAUUUUGUCUUCUGAAAGUUUUCUACUAAAUAAAGUUUUGGGCUCACUUGUUUUUUUAAAAGAA